AUUUUAAAAGGUUUGUAGCUUCUGUGUUCUCCUGAACAGGCCAUUGUGCUGGGAAUUAUUUCUCGUUUUGUGUUCAGUGCAGUUCAGGGUGAUGACCAACAGAUGUCCUUUCUGGGACACUCACUGUCUAUUUAUAUCAUUGUGACAGUGAGCUCAGUGUCAGGUUUUCCAGUGACUUCUAAAGAGGGGACAGUGAGUAAGUCACCCCUUGCAUGUCGCUCCUUUUGCAAUUUUCCUCAUAUUCAGGUUUCCAAGGAGUUACCAGCUCUCUCGUGAAGCCUCAGCACAUCUCGUGAAAGUGUCUCUAGACUCGUAAGUGCCACAAUGAGCAGUGUCACCUACCAUAUUUCCAGCCUGCUGGAGAAAAUGACUUCCAGCGACAAAGAUUUCAGGUUCAUGGCAACUAAUGACCUGAUGGUAGAGCUGCAGAAGGAUUCCAUUAAAUUAGAUGAAGACUGUGAAAAGAAAAUAGUAAAGAUGCUUCUGAAACUCUUGGAGGAUAAGAACGGAGAGGUGCAAAAUCUGGCAGUGAAAUGCUUAGGACCUUUGGUGGGAAAGGUGAAGGAAUAUCAGGUGGAGACUAUUGUGGACACGUUGUGCAGUAACAUGUUAUCAGACAAAGAACAGCUACGAGAUAUUUGCAGCAUUGGUUUAAAGACUGUGAUUUCCGAACUUCCUUCAGCAAGCACAGGUUCAUCUUUAGCUGCCAAUGUGUGCAGGAAGAUUACGGGUCAGCUGACUGGCGCGAUUGGGAAGCGAGAGGAUGCAUCAGUGCAACUAGAAGCACUAGAUAUCCUGUCUGACAUGUUGGGAAGGUUAGGAGGAGCACUCUUUACUUUCCAUCCUUCUAUCCUGAGUUGCCUAUUGCCCCAGUUAACCAGCCCCCGGCUGGCUGUGAGGAAGAGAGCUGUUUUGGCACUGGGACACCUGGUUCAGUCCUGCAGUAGCACCUUAUUUACUGAGCUUAUGGAACAUCUUGUGGCAGAGCUUAAGAAGAACGACUCCACGUCCACCACUAGAACUUACAUCCAGUGUGUCGCAACUGUGAGCUGGCAAGCAGGCCAUAGAAUAGGCCCCCAUCUUGAGAGAAUUGUGCCUCUAGUGGUGGGGUUCACUAAAGUGGAGGAUGAUGAAUUACAGGAGCAAUGCUUCCAGGCUCUGGACUCCUUCAUUAGGCGUUGCCCCAAAGAAAUUUCUGCACAUGUCCCGACCAUAAUGGAACUGUGUCUAAAAUACAUUUCCCAUGAUCCGAACUACAACUAUGACGACGAAGAUGAGGAAGAAGACAUGGAAACUGAGAGCGAGGAAGAACCAGACAUUGAUGAUGACUACAGUGAUGAUGAUGACAUGAGCUGGAAAGUGAGGCGUUCUGCGGCAAAGUGCCUAGAAUCUCUUAUCAGUGCAAGGCCAGAUCUCCUGACAGAAUUUUGCAGGAAAGCAGCACCUACAAUAAUUAUGCGCUUCAAGGAGCGUGAGGAGAAUGUCCGUGUUGAUAUCUUCUCAGCCUAUAUAGCUCUUCUAAGGCUGACGCGCUCUUCCAAAUGCUUCAGACAGACAGUGGAAGCUACAGGAAAAGGAGAUGCUCCCCUCUCUGCUCUGCAGGAACAGGUUCCAUCAGUAAUGAAAUGUCUGCACAAACUCCUCCGAGAUAAGAGUGCAAAGUCUCGUCAGGGAUGCUUUUCUGUGCUCACGGAAUUAACCAACGCUGUUCCCGGUUGCCUCUCCCAGCACAUAUCUACACUGAUCCCAGGUCUGGUGUUUUCUCUCACUGAUAAGGCCAGCAACUCCAAUAUGCGUCUGGAUACACUGAGUUUCCUACAUGUCAUACUGACUAGCAAUUCCUCAGAAUGGUUCCAUCCUCAUAUCCCUGCCUUGCUGCCCCCCGUGGUCAACUGUAUUUCUGAUCCCUUCUAUAAAAUCACCUCUGAAGCACUUCUGGUGGCCCAACACCUGGUCAAGGUCAUCCGGCCAUUAGAGAAAAUUCAGGAUUCCAAACCCUCACCAUACACAAAGGAGCUUUUUAAUGCCACUUCAAAGAGGCUGCAGGCCACAGAUAUAGACCAAGAGGUGAAGGAGCGAGCUCUGUCCUGCAUGGGACACAUUAUAUGCCACCUUGGGGACCAGUUGGGUAGUGACCUACAACCAACCCUCCACCUUAUUCUAGAUCGACUCCGCAAUGAGAUCACCCGUCUCACUGCUGUGAAAGUUCUCAUUCUUGUAGCAGGUUCUCCUCUGAAGAUUGAUUUAAGGCCCUUGUUGAAGGAGGCUUUGCCCAUUCUAUCAUCUUUUUUACGCAAGAACCAGCGGGCCCUCAAACUGGGGACAGUCUCUGCCCUUGUGGUACUUGUAAGAAAUUACAGUGACUGUCUAAAGCCUCCCAUGGUGGAUCCUUUGCUAGGGGAGCUGCCCCCUCUGCUUUCUGAAACAGAUAUGCAUGUGGCUCAGGUCACAGUGGACUUUCUUACCACACUGGUGACUGCAUAUCCAGCUUCCAUACUCAAACUUAGCUCCCACAUUCUUCCACAACUUUUCCAGUUAGUACAUUCUCCCUUACUGCAGGGGGGUGCUCUCAUCUCCAUUCAGUCAUUUUUACGUGCUCUCGUCUUGAGCCGAACCGCCCAGCUGGGCUACACAGAACUCAUGAAACAACUGACAGGACCAGUAAAUACUUCUGGGUCUACACUCCACAAACAAGCUUUCCACUCUGUGGCAAAAUGUGUAGCCACCUUGGCAAAUGCCUGCCCCAAAGAGUCCAAUGUGUCUAUAAACCAAUUUAUACAAGAUGCAAAGAGCCCUAGAGUUGGGGACCCUGUAAAAGUGCUGGCUUUUCUGGCACUUGCUGAGAUUGGUCGUGAAAGGAGCCUGGGAGCCCAGCAGAAAGAACUUAAAAGUGUCAUCCUUGAGGCAUUUUCCUCCACUAGUGAGGAGGUGAAGUCAGCAGCUUCUUAUGCUUUGGGAAAUGCUAGUGUUGGAGGUCCUGCAGACUUCCUGCCAUUCUUGCUUCAUGAAAUUGGGGGUCAACUUCGUAGACAGUACCUCCUUCUGCACUCCCUCAAAGAAGCUCUUACCUCACUUCCCAGUGAAGAGCUUAGACCAUAUCAAGAAGAUGUGUGGAAGCUUCUGCUCCAGCACUGUGAAGCUGCAGAAGAAGGCACAAGGAAUGUAGUGGCAGAGUGUUUGGGCAAGCUUACUCUGGUGAAUCCUGCACAGCUCCUAGCCAGGCUGAGCAAGCAGCUUAGUUCAGGUUCUGCUCAAACACGAAGCACUGUGAUUACUGCCAUCAAAUUCACCAUCUCUGACCAGCCAGCUCCCAUCGACUCCCUGCUAAAGGACCGUAUCGGUGAAUUCUUAAAAUCACUCCAGGACAAGGAGCCUAAUGUACGCCGUGUGGCCCUGGUAAUGUUUAACUCUGCUGCUCACAAUAAACCAGCUUUGGUUAGAAACUUGCUGAGCAAUGUCCUUCCUCCUCUAUAUAACGAGACUCGAGUCCGAAGGGAACUUAUUCGGGAGGUUGAGAUGGGACCCUUCAAGCACACAGUAGAUGAUGGUCUUGACGUUCGGAAGGCAGCUUUCGAGUGCAUGUACACUCUGCUGGAGAGUUGUCUUGACCAGCUCGAUAUAUAUGAGUAUUUAAGUCAUGUAGAGGACGGGCUGAAAGAUCAUUAUGACAUCAGGAUGCUGACAUUCAUCAUCCUCACUCGCUUGUCUGUCCUGUGCCCAAAUGCAGUGCUCCAACGUUUAGACCAACUCAUUGAGCCGCUCCGGGCAACAUGCACUACCAAGGUGAAAGCUGGGUCUGUGAAACAGGAGUUUGAGAAGCAAGAUGAACUCAAGAGGUCAGCUAUGAGAACCAUCACUGCCCUACUCACCAUUCCAGAAGUGGAGAACAGCCAAAGCAUGUCAGAAUUCAUGUCUCAGAUUAGAUCCAAUCCCGAACUUUCAUCUCUGUUUGAGAAUAUCCAAAAAGACUCGAUCACUCUGUGCACCACAGAGGCCAUGGAUAUUAGCUAAGGGCCUGCGUCAAGAACUGCCAUGAGUAUUAAAAGCACAGUAGCUCAGCUCUAUUCAACCCACAAAAGACCAGUCACAGAGAACACCGUAGGGACUCAAAUUUUGUGGUCUCUUCUGAAAAUUAUUUUGGUAAGAUUUAGCUCAACUUGUGUUUUUAAAAUGUUUGGGAUGCUUUCGUGAUAGUGUAAUAUUGGUUUUGGCUGGAUCCAUAAGGUGUGCUUUACCAGCUAAGCACAUUGGUGUAAAAACAAUAAACUAGUCUCCCCCAAACAUCUUAAUUAAAAUGUAACCUUUGAGACAGAGAUAAAUUCGUUUUUUUUUUUAUUGAAAGCAUAGACUCUGUAAGAAGUCAAAUUUAUAGCAGUAAAUGUUUGAUUCAGUGUAAAGCAGAAAAAAAUAAAAAUAAAACAACCUUCCACAGGUUAUUCGUCU